ACCGAUCGCUUCUGACUUGGUGACUUUGUAGGCAAACAUGAUUGAAGACGACAUGGCGAGCUGAGUAAGGGAGAGGAAAUUGGGGUUUUGCUGUUCUUGAGAGAGGCUUUCGUGGUUCUCGUUUGCUGGAUUGGAGUCCAAAUUCUAAUAGUGAUUGGAUCGGGCUGCGGUCGAGUUUCAAAAUUUUUCCAGAAGGGUUUUGUCUUUGUGUGCCCUUCAGGUUGAAGAAUGAUCGAAGGGCUGCGGCUGAGAAAAUUAGGGUUUGCUACAGACCAGUGAAAAAAAGUACAAAACUAGGGUUUGCUGCACUCUUCUUCGAAUUCAUCAAAUUCCAGAAUCUGUAGGCCCAAGGAAGUUGGAGGCGCAUUCACGCAUAUGAGCUCGCACAUGUUCAAACUGGCUUUAUGCGAUUAGGUACUUCGAAACAGCUUAUUAAUUUCAGAAUCUUCGUUUUGGUUAAUUGAUGUUUCAGUGUUCAAUUGAAUAACAUAUUGGCUACUGCAAGUCGUAGUGAGAGUAUGACUAUGGUAGAUAGAUUCAGUGAUCUCCCGAUUGGAGUUACUCAUCACAUCCUUUCCUUCCUUAAUAUAAGGGACCUCACUUGUUUCAGCAUUGCGUCCAAAAGAUGUAGAGAACUUUAUCUGUCAACUCUGUCAUUGGAUUUCGGUGAUUUAUUACCGAAGAGAACACCCAAGGGUUCCAGCCACGUUACAUGUGAGUUUAGGUUGAAGUUGUUGAGUUCAUUGGAUAGGUUCUUGCUUAAACGUGGGGAUAAUAAGAUAAAGUACUUUCGUCUGUUUUGGACCGGUCACUUAAUCAAAACCAGAGAUCGAACACCAUGCUUCUGUGUUCAUGAGAAUUUUCGAAUAGUCAAUUUAAUUCACAAUGCAGUGAGGUGUAAUGUUGAAGUCCUUGAUAUUUUUUUGGAGGAAAAGUUAGCAUUUCCCUUUAGUGUCUUCCUUUGUGAAACUUUGAAGUCUCUGGUGAUUAAUAUGCCUUCCGUUGUUAAAACACCUCCGGUUGCUUUUUCCUCCAACCUUGAAUACUUGGAGUUGAUGAAUGUAGAAAUAAAAGAUGAGGGGUUUUUCAAGUGGAUCUCAUGUUCCUGCAAAUCCAUCAAGGAAUUAAUUCUUUGCGGUCUUGGUCGCAUAAAAAAUAUCACCAUUGAAAGCUCGUCCUUGGAAAAAUUUGAACUAUAUGACGGCUUUUGUACCCCAAUCCAUCUUAAUAUCUCAGGUGAGAAACUUGAAACCAUACGCGUUUCCUGGAGAUUCCGUUCGUCUAAAGGCAAAUCGUUAAAUAUUUUUGCUCCAAAACUUAGAUAUUUGUUUUGGAGGGGGAAUGUGAUGAAGAAAGCAAACCUGGGAAAAUUAGAAUGUGUAGAAGAAGCAUCUAUGUUUCUGGAGCCUAAAGCAGAUGACUUUGACAACCUGUUAAAGGUUUUUUGCAGUAUGCACAGGGUUGAAUAUCUUGUUAUAAAUGAAGCAACCAUUAAGGCUUUGUUCAGGGAAGGAGGAUCCACACAAGCUCGAUUCAAUAACCUUUCGUAUUUGGAAAUGGAUAUUCGGAGCUUUUCUGAUGAGCUAGUUCCUGCAUUGGUCUCUCUUUUAAGAGGAAUGCCCAAUUUGUGUACUUUAUACAUAGGUUAUCACUCAAGUCGUGACACCAAAUCUGAUGCAUCUAGGUUUGAUGUGGAACACUGGAAGCUCCAACAUCUGGAAUUUAUUCAUCAAACUGAGGAGGUUACCAUAGCGCUUUCCAGUGGGUCGAAUGGGAUUGAGUUUGCAAGGUACAUACUCGAGAAUGCCGAGAAGCUGGAGCAAAUGACAAUAAUUCAUUUACCCGAGCAAUCUGAUGCUAUACAGAAGCUAAAUGAUAGUAAGAUGAUGUCCAAGGCCACAGUGAUAUUCAAGGAAGACAGCUAG